AUGACGGAGGUCGCUACCAUCCAGACACAAACCCCGCCUUUGCUGUCAGGGCCCUCAGAGAAGGAACGCAAAUAUGACCGCCAGUUGAGGCUGUGGGCCGCCAGUGGCCAGGCUGCUCUGGAAUCCUCCAGUAUUCUGCUCGUCAACUCAUCCUCAGGCACCGUGGGCGUCGAGACGUUGAAGAACCUAGUGCUGCCGGGCAUCGGCAAAUUCACCAUAGCCGACGGCGCCAACGUGCAAGAGGCAGACCUCGGCGUGAACUUUUUCCUCGAUGCCAGCAGUCUUGGCAAAUCGAGAGCCCAGGCUUGCGCCGACUUGCUUGUCGAGCUCAACCCAGAAGUCGAGGCCGACUGGUUCCCGAAGAACAGCGAGCCGUACGACCUCGCCAAGGUGCUCGAGAGCCCUGAGCCGUACACCAUCAUACUCUACGCUCUGCCCAUCAAGCCCGAAGAUCUCAAGAGUCUCGAGGCGUACGCGGCAGACCACAAGACGCCAUUGAUUGCCGUUCAUUCGGCCGGCUUUUACGCUUAUUUUCGCGUCCACCUGCCCGCCGCGUUCCCCAUCGUGGACACUCAUCCAGACGAGACCGCCACCACCGACCUGCGGCUGCUCACACCAUGGGCGGAGCUCUCCACCUUUGCACAGGACAUGACCAAAGAUAUCGACGGCCUGGACAAUCAUGAACACGGUCACCUACCUUUCGUGGCCAUCCUGCUCCACUACCUCGAGGCCUGGAAGCAGUCCCACAGAGGCGAGUACCCGUCGACCUACCAGGACAAGGUCGCCUUCAGGAGGGUCGUAGCCGAGGCGGCAAGGACAGACACCCCUGAAGGUGGCGAGGAGAACUUUGACGAGGCUGCUGCGGCCGUCCUCAAGACGAUAUCGCCACCUUCGCUUCCAGAGUCCCUGCGACACGUCUUCGAAUACCAGUCUGCUGACCUUGAAGAGACACAGUCUAGCUUCUGGAUCAUCGCCGGCGCCGUCAAGGCUUUCUACGAGAAGCACAGGUGUCUGCCCGUCCCUGGCGGCCUCCCGGACAUGAAGGCGCAGUCCAGCGUCUACAUACAGCUCCAGGGAAUCUACAAGGCCAAGGCACGCAAGGACGCCGCCGAGGUGCUCGACUCGGUCCGCCGCGCCCCAGGGGGCGAACACGUCGACCCGGCAGAGGUAGAUUUGUUCUGCAAGAACGCAGCCUUUGUCAAACUGAUCGACGCGAAAGACGGGGGGGCCGAGAGAUUACUCAAAGUAGCCGAUGAAGAACUCGCCAACGAUGACAUGGCGGCCAUGGGCGUCAUGCCCGCGUCCCUGCUCCCCAUCUAUCUCGCCCUGCGCGCCACGUCACACGCCCUCGACACUGCCGCUGCUGGGGCGGCGCUGUCACCCGAAACCAUCCUCAAGGACGUCACGGCACUCGUGCCCAGGGCCACAGAGAGCGAGCGCUACGCUCAGGCGGCUCAAGAGGUGUUCCGAGCCGCCGGCGGAGAGCUGCACAACGUUUCCGCCGUCAUGGGCGGCCUGGUGGCUCAGGAGAUGAUCAAGAUUAUUACGAAACAGUACAUCCCCGUCCAUAAUACCUGCAUAUUUGACGGCAUUGGAAGCCGUUGCCAGGUGCUUCGCCUGUAG